GACAGAACCAAUCCGCUCACACAAAAGUCCCAAAAACCCAAACAAAAGCAAAAUCUACCUGACAACGACCACGAAAGAAGUGAUGCAUAAUAAGCCCAUUAAAAAGUGGUGACAUAAAAUCACUUCUAAGCCCCUUUUUGCCCAAACAAAAUCAUCAAUGAACAUUUUAUCCAAUUUCAACCAAGUUGUAGAAGUAGUAAUUGAUCUCAUAUUUUGCGUAUGAAUGAUAUGAUCACGCAUUACCAAACCCACAAAAAUUUAAAAAAUGAGUUUAAAUCAAAUUGACUUAUUAUUGUGUCGUAACAAAGUCGCAUCCUCGGAAAACCCACAAAAUUCUUCUCUAUAUCUUUACUUCUCUUUUUCUUUAUACGGGAGCCAACAAGUAGCAAAGACAUAAAAAGUGGAUAUUCUUAUUCAGCUUAGUUGUAGGGUUUCCGAUGAGCAUUUUCGUCUGAUUUUCUCGCCUUUCUAAAACCCUAAUUCCCGAUUCCGGUUUACUAGCCGUUACUCUCCUUUAUUCAUAAUUUUGAACUGUGAAUUUGGCAUUGGAUCCGCAGGAUUGCCUGUCUCGUUGAGAAAUUUUGUUGCUUUUUUGAGUGAGAUUUUGAGGUUGUUGUUCUCGCCGGAGAUAUGGCUGAGUUAGAGGCUGAGAAGAAGGUGGAGGAAGAGGAGGCUGUUGUCAAGGGUGGAGAACUCUUGUUCUGUGGAGCUACAGCCUGGGACGCCAUCGGUCGGCGUAAGGGUUUGGAAGGCAAUUUAGUUUCUCCGACUCGGCUCCGUCCUCUAAUGGGUGUUAAUAUUGCCUUCGUUGCCUCUGGCUCUUCUUCUUGUCACUGUGUGGCACUGGAUGUUGACGGCCGCUGCUAUACCUGGGGUCGCAAUGAGAAGGGGCAGCUUGGUCACGGCGACAAAAUUCAGCGUGAUAGGCCCACUGUUGUUUCUGGAAUAUCCAAGCACAAAAUUGUCAAGGCUGGGGCUGGAAGGAAUCACACAGUGGUGGUGACUGCCGAUGGUGAUUCUUUUGCUUUUGGUUUUAACAAACAUGGGCAGCUGGGUUCAGGUUCUGCCAAAAAUGAGAUUGAACCUUCCCCUGUUCGCUGUCUUGUAUCCGAUGCCAGAGCUACUGCCUGUGGAGGUGAUUUUACCGUGUGGUUAACUUCUGUGGAAGGAGCAUCUAUACUAACUGCUGGUCUUCCACAGUAUGGUCAGCUUGGUCAUGGUACUGAUAAUGAGUAUAAUACUAAGGACAGCUCUGUCAAGCUUGCUUAUGAAGCUCAACCACGGCCUAGAGCAAUAGCUUCACUAUCGGGAGAAACCAUAGUUAAAGUUGCCUGUGGAGCAAAUCAUACAGUUGCGGUAGAUAAGAAUGGUUAUGUGUACACGUGGGGAUUUGGUGGUUACGGAAGACUUGGUCAUCGAGAGCAGAAAGAUGAGUGGUCGCCCCGUCGUGUUGAUGUUUUCACCAGACAGAAUGUUCUGCCCCCUGAUGCUGUCGUAUCAGCUGGUUCUGUGAAUUCUGCAUGUACAGCUGGAGGAGGACAGCUUUAUAUGUGGGGCAAAAUAAAGAAUGCAGGGGAUGACUUGAUGUAUCCUAAGCCGCUUUUGGAUUUAAGUGGAUGGCAUCUACGAUGUAUGGAUUCUGGUGCUUUGCAUCAUUUUGUUGGUGCUGAUCGCUCAUGUAUAAGUUGGGGCCACGCGCAAUCAGGGGAGCUGGGAUAUGGGCCCAAUGGGCAAAAGUAUUGACAAAUUUUCUUUUGCAUUAUAUUUUUAUUUCAUUGGCAUUUGUUUCUGUUGGUUACCCUUCUUGUUAUUUGCAGAUCCUCUGCAAUUCCAAAAAAGGUGGACAUUCUGGAGGGCAUGCACGUUAUGAGUGUUGCCUGUGGAUUUGCCCACUCAAUGGUAGUAGUUGACAGAACUGACGCUGCUGAACGAAUCGAUCAGGUAAUUUUAUGGACUAUGGAACUAUUUUCUGUUUCUUCAUCCCUUUAUUUAUACUAUCCCACCUGGGUUUGGCACACAUUUACAUGGGUUACAAUUGGAAACUACAAAAUACCUGAAUAUCAGGGCACUUAAAUGAAGACUGCUUGAAUUUGCAUGUCACUCUUUAACUUCUUUUCCCCAAAUUCAUUUCCAAUCAAGAACCAAAAAGUACACUUUAACUUCUUUGAGGAAUCGUUUUAAGAAUAUAGAGUUAAAUGGAGUCCAAUGGUCUGAGUGCCAGGAACAGCAGAAUUGAUUUUGCAUGUUUGCUCUUUUUAACUUCUUUUAGUUCCCAAAUUGGUCUCGAAUAAGGAACCAAGAGGUACAUCGUAACUUCUUAAGGGAUCGUUUUUAAGAAUGUAUUGUUAAAAGGAGUAUGUUGUUCCAAAAUAGCAAUUACCAGUGUAUGGUUUGAGCAUGGAACAGCAUCCAUAGGGACUCUCACAUUUUAGAUAGUAGUGUAGUGUUUUGCCAAAGUUGGUAAUUCACAGUCAGCUGAAAAAGAGUCUGACAAGUAUCUUUAAAUGAGUGUGAACUGUAAAUUCUGUGUACAUGAUUGCUGUAAAUGUUUUGAGUCUCUGUUUUGUGUUGGUCAUAUCCUUUUUCUUCAUUUUCUGCUGAAGUUUCUUGAAAAAAGUUUCAUUGUGUUUUUUGAUAUUGGAGUCUAAUCCUUUUGGUUUGCCUUGGCAGCUUGAUGUAUAUGAUGGCAAAGAUUCUGUUGAAGGUAACACACUAUAAAUGUCAAAGAACAUUGGUUCUUUCUUAAAUAUGCUUGUUCAGCAACUUGUUGGGAGAGGUUGAGUGUGACAUUGUUCAUUUCACCGUUCUUAUUACAUGAUAAAAUAACUGAGGAUGACACUUGAGAGAAUCUUUCAUGUACUUGUAACUAAAAAGUGUUUCUUGGUGCAGCGCCUGAAGAGCCACAGAAUAAUAUCCCUGCUCCGAAACCUGCAAAAAAGGGUUCCACAAGCUCAAGUAAGAGGAAAAAUUCAUCAGAGUCGGAAGAUAAUGGGGAAGACAGUGAAGAUGGUGAUCGGGAGGAUGGACAUGUGAACGGGCAGGCAAAAGGCAAAAAACAGCAGAAUGUCAAAGGUGGUGGUCGCGGGAGGGGUCGUCCUCCAUCAGCCAACAAAACUCCUAAGAGCACUCCUAAUUCAGGGAAAAGGGGUCGUCCCCGAAAGUCAUGACCUGAAAUUUCUCUAUGGAUGGUAGAAAUUUUGUUGUUAAUCCGUGUGGAAUGUGUUCUCCAUCCUUGUCGGGAUUUGAGAGCUGUAUUGUCAUUGCUUUCUGAGUAUCGAUUCUUUUCUUUUUCUUCUUCUUUCAUCCCCAAUUCCCGGUGUUAUUGUUUCCCUAAUGUAUCAGAACGAUCAUUUGGUAGGAAAAUUAGGUCCCUUGAAUCUACUUAUUCACCCCAUCUAAGUCGUAGCUUUGUAUGCUAUUAUCUUUUCAAUUGCGUAGGAAAAGUAUCCUAACAUUACUCAUUCUGCUUCUGUUUCUAAUAUUGACCAAGUAGCCUGACAAUUACUUUGCUUUAUACUGGGAUGAGUGGAAAGCCAGGAAAGUGGCCCGAGUACUGCUGACAGCUUGUAGGUAUCAAUAUUAUUUUUACGAUAUGAACG